CAUUUCUUCUUCUUCUUCUUCUUCUUCUGCUGCUGCUUCUGCUGCGCUCGACGCGGAAGACUUCUCGGAGCAAAAAGGCCACGGCUUGAUUCGGAGCUAAGCGAUUCUUUUCUCUCCUCUGCGCUUCUGGAUUCGGGCUCGCAACCCUACUGGGUUCCCCCUCCAUCUCCGUGCUCGCUCCAGCUGUCACCGAGGCGAGAAUCGGGUCCCUCUUCCAUCCACGAGGCGCGGCUCUUUCGAUCGCUCGGUCGAUUGGCGGAGACAGCGGAGGCGCAGGAUGAGGGGAAAGCUAGGGCUAGUCCUGAGCGUCUGGCUGCUGCUGUGGGGCACUUGCGCUGGGAGGUUCGUGGUGCAGAAGAACAGCUUGAAGGUGACCACCCCGAACUCGAUGAGGGGCACGUACGAGUGCGCGAUCGGGAACUUCGGCGUCCCCCAGUACGGGGGGACGCUCGUCGGCACCGUGCUUUAUCCGCAGGCUAAUCAGAAGGCAUGCAAGAGCUUUGACGAGUUCGACGUCAGCUUCAAGUCUAAGCCCGGUGGAUUGCCAGUUUUUGUCCUCGCCGAUCGCGGAGAUUGCUACUUUACAUUGAAGGCGUGGAAUGCCCAGAAUGGUGGAGCAGCUGCCAUUCUUGUUUCAGAUGAUAGAGUAGAACCGUUGAUCACCAUGGACACUCCCGAAGAAGAGAGAGCUGAUGCUGAUUAUAUUGAGAAAAUCACUAUUCCAUCGGCCCUUAUCAGCAAAAACUUGGGUGAUAGCAUAAAAAAAGCUUUGUCUGGUGGUAAUAUGGUUAACAUCAAUCUUGAUUGGACUGAGGCUCUUCCUCAUCCUGAUGAGCGGGUUGAGUAUGAAUUCUGGACAAAUAGCAAUGAUGAGUGCGGGCCAAAAUGCGACAGUCAGAUUGACUUUGUUAAGAACUUUAAAGGAGCGGCGCAAAUUCUUGAGCAGAAAGGGUAUACUCAGUUCACCCCUCAUUAUAUAACUUGGUACUGCCCAGAAGCCUUUCUUUUGAGCAAACAGUGCAAGUCACAGUGCAUCAAUUAUGGGAGAUACUGUGCUCCUGAUCCUGAACAAGAUUUUAGCAGAGGAUAUGAUGGAAAGGAAGUUGUAGUUCAGAAUUUACGCCAAGCUUGUUUCUUCAAAGUGGCAAACGAAAGUGGAAAGCCAUGGCUUUGGUGGGACUAUGUGACUGACUUUGCGAUCCGCUGCCCAAUGAAAGAGAAAAAGUACACAAAGGAAUGUGCAGAUCAAGUUAUAAAGUCUCUUGGUGUUGAUCUCAAGAAGAUAGAUGAAUGCAUAGGCAACCCUGAGGCUGAUGUGGACAAUCCAGUUCUUAAAGCUGAACAAGAAGCACAGAUUGGCAAGGGCGCUCGUGGAGAUGUAACUAUUUUGCCGACUCUUGUUAUAAAUAACGGACAGUAUAGAGGUAAGUUAGACAGAAUAGCAGUCCUGAAGGCCAUCUGCUCUGGUUUCCAGGAGACCACUGAACCGGCUAUUUGUCUUAGUCAAGAAAUGGAGACAAACGAGUGUUUGGAGAACAGCGGUGGCUGCUGGCAGGACAAGGCUGCUAAUAUUUCUGCAUGCAGGGAUACAUUCCGGGGAAGAGUAUGCGAAUGCCCUAUAGUGCAAGGUGUGAAGUUUACUGGUGACGGUUAUACUCACUGUGAAGCUUCUGGGGCGUUGCGGUGUGAAAUCAACAAUGGGGGGUGCUGGAAGGAGACACGAAAUGGCAAGACAUUCUCUGCUUGCAUUGACGAUCACACAAAAGGCUGCAAAUGUCCUCCUGGAUUUCGGGGAGAUGGAGUCGGAGUCGACUCUUGUGAGGAUGUGGACGAGUGCAAAGAGAAAGUGAAGUGCCAGUGCCCAGAAUGUAAAUGCAAGGACACCUGGGGUGGUUAUGAGUGCAGCUGCAGUGGUGGUUUAUUAUACAUGCAAGAACAUGACAUGUGUAUCAGUAAGAACACUCGUACUGAAUUCAGCUGGGGCUUCUUCUGGACUAUUGUGUUGGGUUUGGCUGCUGCUGGACUUGCGGGCUAUGCAGUUUACAAGUACAGAAUCAGGAGAUACAUGGAUUCCGAGAUUAGGGCGAUCAUGGCUCAGUACAUGCCCCUGGAUAAUCAGGGCGAGGUACCUAGUCACACUCAUGCCUCCCGCGGCAACGUGUGAAAGCGGCAUACAGCCCAGUAGAGUGAGAGGAAGAAAACUACGAAGUCACUCAUCGCCUAAACUCCAGACCCUCUCCAUGUGAAAUUGAACCAUAGUGGUCGUGCAGUUUGAUCGACCCUGUGCUUGUAACAUCAGCAGCUUAGCCUGCGACGAGGCUUCUUUUGGGUCAUCACUUAACCGUUCAAUUAGAAGAGAGUUUCGGUUUUGAUCCUGUUAAUGUAAAUGUCUAAUCUACGACAAAUUAUUGGAGUUUAAUUAGCAAAAUAAUGGUCUCGCUUGUGAUAUGUC